AUGCCUUCGCUUGUACCAAUUACCACGAACUCGAGGACUGUUGUGCCUCUCAAGCCACAAGGGAGAGACACUUCUUCCAACGCUUUCGGUCAAUACAGCCAAAUUCUGGCUUCGAGCCCAGGGUUCCCAGUCUACGGAAAUUUGAAUCUGAUUAACAACAACUAUACCACCUCUUCCACAAUGAUAGGUAGUAAUCAUGGAGGAGUGAGUGAGCCGCAAAGGAUAGUAAUGGCUCAUAAAUCCGGUAUCGAUAGCGAAGUUGAUUGGGCUCUCACCACCUUGGCCCGCAAUUCUAUCAACCCAUAUUUGAAUUUCGAAAAGGAUACUUAUAUUGCCCAUGAAUUGUUGAAGCACUUGUACAAACCAUAUCAACUUAUACUUGAGAAAAACGACAAGUUGGUUACACAGCGUUUAAUGACGCAUUCUUUGGAUGCACUUUUGAUUUUAAGAAAUUCGGCACAGGAUUUGGCCAAUCAGCAAUGGUUGUCCCAAGUUGGUAACUUAAAGAAGCAAUUGGUGGAUAUCUUGAAAAUUCUUUCCGAUUGGUUCUUUAAACCUGGUGCACAGUUCAAUGAGCUCGCUCCUUUUGAGAACCAAUUUGCAGAGGCUUUGAACUAUAUCGUGGACUUGUUGGAGCCAUUGACUUGUUACUAUAUAAACAAUACACGAAACGAUCCACUUUUUCAUUCACUUUUGCGUGUGUUGAUGGAAACAAAGGAUAAAAACUUGUUUAUCAAUGUAUUGAAAUGCCUUUCCCAUCUACUCAUUACCAGAGACAAAAACGCAAAGCUCACUGAUGAUGAUAGCAAUGAAGAAGAUCACGAUGACUUUGGUUAUGAUGAUUAUAGAGGUGGAGCGGGACAGGACGACGAGGAAACGAGGAUUACAAACAACUGCGUGAAUUCUUUGACAAGUCAGCACCUCGAACAUAUCGUGGAAAAGUUAUUAGUGGCUGAUAAUGAGCUCAGCCAUGUUAUUUUACAAUUUUUGAAGAUGUAUCUCUACUCGGAAGCUAUUUAUGAAGAAGACGGCGCACAAUACGGACCAUAUGAACAUCAACAACAGCAGCAACAACAACAACAGCAAUAUUCGGUUAUUGAUUCGCAAAGAUAUAGAUUGAAGAAAUUGUUGCAACUUUCAUCUACAAAAACCAACUAUGAAAUUUUAGUGAAGCAGCUUCCUCUUCUAAUAGUAUCGAAUUUGCCAUUGAUUGAGCCAGCAGAGCCAAAGCAAGUUCCACUUUUCAACUUAACAAAGAGAACACAUUACUCUGGUGCUCCCAUCACUGCUCCAGAGUUGACCAGUGAUCUUUACAGGAUCCUAGUCCACUUUGCAGAGCCAAUUCGAGCGACUACUUGGUUGCAUUGUUGUUAUGAGCCUACAACCUCGGAUCAAGUUGAAGUUACACAAAUUUCCAUAUGGAAAGCAUACGAGACCCAGUUUCAAGAGGUUUGGAAGACGGAUUUGAGUAGGCGCAACCCUCACUUACAUCCUUUGUUGCCUGCUGUUGAAUUUAUCAAAAAUGUGACAAAAGCAUUCCCCUACGCUGAAGCGAAAGUGAUUAACCUUCCACAACAAGGGAACGAAACACCGAAGAAGAAAUUUAUCAUCAAGGGCAUCCGACCUAGGCAGUUUCCUACUAGUAUAGAGUUGGGAAACUACGAAGCAAUGCGUCCCUUACCCGAAAUUGCAUUACAGGAAAGCAAUAGCACAUUACCUGCUGGCCACAUUGAUACAGUCAAGUUUCAAAAUUAUCUUGCUAAUGAGACAAAUUUCAUUUUAGCUGAUCCUGAAAGGAGCCAAGUGAUUAAGUCCUACCUUAGUGCAAUUAAUGAAGAGAGUCAUGAGUUGCUUGAUUACAUUAUUCGUGACAUUUUUAUUGAUGGUCAAUAUGACAAAGAUGGUGUGCUUGCCAAUAUCUUUAAAUUACACAAUUCACAUUGGUUACCUGACUUGGUAUAUGCCAACCCCUCUCUACUUGAGACAGGAAUUUUUAAAAGCAGCUGGCUCAAUUACUUGUUAUAA